GACGCGGCGGCGAGCAGGUACUGACCAUGGAAACGAUGUCGGUGCAGACAAGUGGGCUGGUGGCAGCCGUCGUGGGCUGGGUGGCCACUAUCCUCACCUGUGCCCUGCCCAUGUGGAGGGUGACAAAUUGUCUCGGCUCCAACAACGUAGGGACCCAGUCUUACUCGGACGGGCUGUGGGUGACCUGUUCCAACGAUGGCACGGGGCAGUCACAGUGCAGAUAUUACAACUCCAUGCUGGAGAUCACCCCCGACUUGUUAAUUGCCCGUCCCGUGGUGGUCAUCGCCCUCAUCGCGGCCUUCAUCGGCAUCAUCAUCUCCAUCGUACGUGGAACCUUCUCCAGCUGCAUGGACGGCGACCGCAGCAACAAGGGCGCGUACAUGUCUUCGUCAGGCUCCCUGUUCAUCAUGGCCUCCAUCCUGAUCCUCGUCGCCGUCUCCUUUACUGCCAGCAACAUCAUCAACAACACCUACACCCCCACGGGGCCCGAGGCCGUCAGUAGGGAGGUGGGGGCUGCCAUCUACAUCGGCUUCAUCGCCUUUGCCCUCUUGCUCGCCGGUGGGGUUACCAUGUGCCGCGUGGGAACCCGAUACCCGCAGGAUUCCUACGCCAAGAAUUACAAAGGGGUGAAGACCUGCGAUUCAGCAGGCUACCCCAUGAAGGACUACGUGUGAGCCCUUGUGCCCAGGUGCCAGACCAAGAGAGAGCACCACUGUCCCUGCCCUGCCUCCUUGUGCCAUCCCAUCCCCACCCUCAUCCCUGUCCCAUCCCCAUGCCCAUCCCCCUCCCCAUGCCCAUCCCCAUCUCCAUCCCUAUCCCUAUCCCCAUCCCCAUUCCGAUGCUGGCUGCACCCCACCAUGGUCCUCCAGCAUGUGCCCUUCCCCAGAGCAGGGACUAUAAAUAACCUGGUGCCACCGA